ACUAAUACCAUGGGUGUCUCCCACACUGCCUCUGGUUUUGCAGUCUCAUUUAUUCUCCACCACCCCCCACUAUCUCUCACACCUUUCACUAUAUAAGAAACCUCCUCCUUUUGUCAUCCCAGAAAACCACAAAUUCAGACAAAAUCACAACUCAUCCAAAUCAUCUCCAGCCUUAACUCUUUAAGUUCAGGAAACCCCAAAAUCAAAAGAAGAAGAGAUAUGAGUUCUGCAAGCAAAGCUUGGGUGGUGGCAGCAAGCAUUGGGGUGGUAGAGGCAUUGAAAGAUCAGGGAGUCUGUAGGUGGAAUUAUGCAUUAAGAUCAGUCCAAAACCAUGCCAAGGCCAACAUCAGACAAUAUUCUCCGGCCAAAAGUCUGUCCACCCCAACUUCUUCUGCUUUGUCAAAGAAACUGAGAGAUGACAAGUUGAAGCAAUCUGAAGAGUCCCUGAGAAAAGUUAUGUAUUUAAGCUGUUGGGGUCCUAAUUAAACCCCCCUCCCCUGCAUUAUUUUGUGUACAUAAUGCUAAAUUUCUAUCAGAAACAUGGCCCAACUUCCUUUUUCUUUA